AUGGGCAUCCUCGCCAAAAUUGAAGAUCGCCCCACGCCGUCCAGCGUAUACAAUUGGCGCGUCUACGUCUCCGCUGCAACAGCGUCAUUCGCAUCAUGUAUGAUCGGCUACACCACGUCUUUCAUCGGAACCACAGUAUCACUCGAGUCGUUCAAAGAUGAAUUUGGCCUGAGCAGCAUGAGCGAGUCUCAAUCGAGUCUGAUCCAGGCCAACAUCGUCUCCCUGUUCCAGACUGGGGCUUUCUUCGGGUCCAUCUUCGCGUACUCCACUGCGUACUACCUUGGCCGGAGAAUCACGUUAUGGACCUUCGUCAGCAUGUUUAUCCUGGGAGCUUGUAUUACUUUCGCUGCAAUUGGAGGCAAGAUUGGGCCAAUGUAUGCUGGACGUGUUAUCUCAGGAUUUGGAGUUGGAGGGUGUACUAUGAUUGUACCAAUUUACAUCUCUGAAAUCGCUCCUCCGGCCAUCCGCGGUCGCCUUGUCGGCACUUAUGAGCUCGGAUGGCAAGUUGGUGGUCUCGUAGGCUUCUGGAUCAACUAUGGAAUGACACAGAGUCUCCCAUACGGCCGCAAUCAGUGGCUCAUUCCCUUUGCCGUGCAAUUGAUACCUGCUGGCAUCGUUCUCAUCGGCAGUCUCAUCUUCCUGCGCGAAAGCCCACGCUGGCUGUGGACGCGCGGAAGACGCGAAGAGGGCGUUGCCAAUCUAUGCUGGCUCAGAAAACUCCAACCCGAGGACACGUACAUCUUGGAGGAGAUCGAAAUGAUGGACCUCCAGAUUCAAGGCCUGCCUUCUGGUUUCCUGAAACCCAUUCGUCUCGCGUUGACCGACAGCAAAGUUCUAUGGCGGCUCUUCCUAGGCCACAUGCUCUUCGUCCUCCAGAACUUCUCCGGCAUCAACGCAAUCAACUACUACUCCCCCACCAUCUUCAAAACCAUGGGCGUCACCUCCAUCAAAACCGUCGACCUCAUGACCGGCCUCUUCGGCGUCGUAAAAUGCAUCAUGACAAUCAUCUGGCUCACCGUCCUAAUCGAUAAGCUCGGCCGCCGCACGCUCUUCCUCGCAGGUGGCACAUUCGGCGCAAUCUGCAUGUUCAUCAUCGGCGCGCUCAUCGUGUCCAACCCCUCGCAGUCCACCACCACCUCGUCGCUCUCCUCCCAGGGCAUCGCCACAAUAGUACUCAUCUACCUCUGGACCUGCGUCUACAUCACCUCCUGGAACGGCACCCCCUGGGUCGUCAACGCCGAGAUGUUCAGCCAAGCCAGCCGCAACGUCGGCCAAGUCGGCGCAAGCAUGAGCAACUGGCUCUGGACGUUCGUCAUUGCACGAGUAACUCCAAACAUGGUAGCAGGUAUGGGGCGCAACGGAUUCGGCAUGUACUUCUUCUUUGCGUCUGUGUCGGCGUGCGCGGUGGUGUUCACGUGGUUCCUUAUUCCUGAGACUAAAUCUGUGCCGUUGGACCAGAUGGAUCGGCUGUUUGAGGUUAAGCCUGUGUGGAGGGCGCAGGGGAUGUUGAUGCAGGAAUUGGCGGAUAAUAGCUUGGAGUGGUCGAAGGUGGAUCGGAAGGAGGAUAGUAGGGCUGAUCGGAUUGAUGGGGUGUGA